GCCCUAUGGAUGGGAGAUGACUGCAAACCGGGAUGGCCGAGAUUGCUUCAUCAAUCACAUGACACAGGCAAUCCCAUUUGACGACCCUCGGUUGGAGAGCUGCCAAAUCAUCCCUCCGGCCCCUCGGAAGGUGGAAAUGAGGAGGGACCCCGUGCUGGGAUUUGGUUUCGUGGCAGGGAGUGAAAAGCCAGUGGUCGUUCGCUCAGUAACACCAGGUGGACCCUCAGAAGGCAAGCUGAUCCCAGGGGAUCAGAUUGUAAUGAUUAAUGAUGAGCCGGUCAGCGCUGCACCGAGGGAGCGGGUCAUAGACCUGGUCAGAAGCUGCAAAGAAUCGAUACUCCUCACCGUCAUCCAGCCUUACCCUUCUCCCAAAUCAGCAUUUAUUAGUGCUGCAAAAAAGGCCAGAUUAAAGUCCAAUCCAGUCAAAGUGCGAUUCUCCGAGGAGGUCAUCAUCAAUGGCCAAGUGUCGGAAACUGUUAAGGAUAAUUCACUUCUUUUUAUGCCAAAUGUUUUGAAAGUCUAUCUGGAAAAUGGGCAGACCAAAUCAUUUCGCUUUGACUGCAGCACUUCCAUAAAGGAUGUCAUCUUAACUCUUCAAGAGAAGCUCUCCAUCAAAGGCAUCGAACACUUCUCCCUCAUGCUGGAGCAGAGGACGGAAGGGGCGGGAACCAAGCUGCUCUUGCUUCAUGAACAGGAGACUCUAACUCAGGUGACACAGCGGCCCAGCUCCCAUAAGAUGAGGUGUCUUUUCCGAAUUAGCUUUGUCCCAAAGGAUCCAAUUGACCUUUUAAGGAGAGAUCCAGUUGCUUUCGAGUAUCUCUAUGUUCAGAGUUGUAACGAUGUCGUUCAGGAGCGAUUUGGGCCGGAGCUGAAAUACGACAUAGCCCUGCGGCUGGCGGCGCUGCAAAUGUACAUCGCAACAGUGACCACCAAGCAAACGCAGAAAAUCUCCCUCAAAUACAUCGAAAAAGAAUGGGGAUUAGAGACUUUUCUUCCCUCUGCUGUGCUGCAAAGCAUGAAAGAGAAGAACAUAAAGAAAGCACUUUCACACCUUGUCAAAGCAAAUCAAAACUUGGUACCACCGGGUAAAAAGCUUUCUGCACUGCAAGCCAAGGUCCAUUAUCUCAAGUUCCUCAGUGACCUUCGACUGUAUGGGGGUCGUGUGUUCAAGGCGACCUUAGUGCAGGCAGAAAAGCGCUCAGAGGUGACUCUCCUGGUUGGGCCCCGGUAUGGCAUAAGCCACGUCAUAAACACCAAAACCAAUCUGGUGGCUCUUUUAGCUGACUUCAGCCAUGUCAACAGGAUCGAGAUGUUUACUGAAGAGGAAAGCUUGGUGAGGGUGGAGCUCCACGUGCUAGAUGUGACGCCCAUCACACUCCUAAUGGAAUCGUCAGAUGCCAUGAACCUGGCCUGCUUAACAGCUGGAUACUACAGGCUGCUUGUGGAUUCCAGGAGGUCGAUAUUUAACAUGGCCAACAAGAAAAAUGCAGGCACCCAGGAAACAGGAACUGAAAAUAAAGGAAAGCAUAACCUCCUUGGCCCAGAAUGGAACUGUAUACCCCAAAUGACCACCUUUAUUGGCGAAGGGGAACAAGAAGCCCAGAUAACAUACAUAGAUUCAAAACAGAAGCCAGUUGAGAUUACAGAUGGCACCUUGUGUCCAAAGGACCACCGGCACUUAUAUAUAGACAACACCUAUAAUUCAGAUGAACUCAACCAGCAGCUGACCCAGCCGGAAGAUGCUCCAUGUGAGGCAGACUACAGAAGUCUAGCUCAGCGGUCCCUGUUGACCCUCUCAGGACCAGAAACUCUAAAGAAAGCACAGGAGUCUCCAAGAGGAGCUAAAGUGUCCUUUAUUUUUGGAGAUCUCGCCUUGGAUGAUGGUAUUAAUCCCCCGACUCUUGGUUAUGAAAGACUAUUGGAUGAGAGUCCAGAACUGCUGGAGAAGCAGAGGAAUCUCUACAUCAGCAGUGCCAAUGACAUGAAGAGCCUGGAUCUCACUCCAGACACAGAGAGCAUCCAGUAUGUGGCAAACUCUGUUUAUGCAAACAUAGGUGAUGUGAAGAACUUCGAGGCCGCUGAGGGGAUAGAGGAGCCCCUCUUGCACGACAUCUGUUACGCAGAAAACACUGAUGACGCAGAGGACGAGGAUGAGGUGAGCUGUGAGGAGGACCUCAUGGUGGGAGAGAUGAACCAACCACCCAUCCUCAACCUUUCUGGGUCAAGCGAUGACAUCAUCGACCUCACAUCCCUGCCCCCUCCGGAAGGGGAUGACAAUGAGGAUGACUUUCUGUUGCGUUCCUUGAACAUGGCUAUCGCCGCACCCCCACCUGGCUUUAGAGAUAGUUCAGAUGAGGAGGACUCUCAGAGCCAGGCAGCUUCCUUCCUCGAGGACAAGGAACCAGGCAGUAGCCUGCAAAAUGAUGAGAUCCCCGUGUCCCUCAUUGACGCUGUGCCCACCAGCGCCGAGGGGAAGUGUGAGAAGGGACUGGAUAACACCGUUGUUUCCACGCUGGAAGCUCUAGAAGCUCUGUCCGUGUCAGAAGAACAGCAGACCAGUGACAAUUCAGGUGUAGCCAUCUUGCGGGCUUAUAGUCCCGAGUCUUCGUCAGACUCGGGCAAUGAAACUAACUCUUCUGAAAUGACUGAGAGUUCUGAACUGGCCACAGCACAGAAGCAGUCAGAAAACCUCUCCCGCAUGUUCUUGGCCACUCAUGAAGGCUACCACCCCCUUGCAGAAGAGCAGACAGAGUUCCCCACCUCCAAAACUCCUGCUGGGGGCUUGCCUCCGAAGUCUUCCCAUGCCCUGGCUGCCCGUCCGGUGACUGACGUCCCACCCAAAGUUGUGCCUUCCAAGCAGAUACUUCACUCAGACCACAUGGAGAUGGAGCCUGAAACCAUGGAGACCAAGUCAGUCACUGACUAUUUUAGCAAACUGCACAUGGGGUCGGUGGCGUAUUCCUGCACCAGCAAAAGGAAAAGCAAGCUGGCUGAUGGGGAAGGGAAAGUACCCCCUAAUGGGAACAUGCCAGGGAAAAAGCAGCAGGGGUCCAAAACAGCUGAGGUGGAGGAGGACACCAAAGGUAAAUUUGGUACUGUGUCUUCAAGGGACAGUCAACACCUAAGCACUUUUAAUCUGGAAAGAACUGCUUUUCGCAAGGACAGUCAAAGAUGGUAUGUGGCCACUGAUGGGGGGGUAGCUGAAAAGAGUGGGUUGGAAGCAGCAACAGGGAUAACCUUUCCAAGAGCUUCCGGUCUGGGGACAAGGGAGGCUGAAGGGAAGGAUGAAGGGGCUCCCGAUGGAGAAGCCAGUGAGGUUUCAGGACUUGGCCAACAGGACCACUUCUUAACUGACGUCACCUGUGUAGCUUCAGCCAAAGACUUAGAUAACCCAGAGGAUGUUGACCCGUCUACCUGUGAACAUCCUUCCAAGCUUCCUGAGGCAGAAGAGAGUGUGGCCCACCUUUGUGACUACCACUUGGCCAAGCGGAUGUCAUCGUUACAAAGCGAGGGCCAUUUUUCUCUACAGAGCUCUCAAGGCUCUUCAGUGGAUGCAGGCUGUGGCACAGGCAGCAGCAGCAGCACCUGUGCCACACCUGUGGAGUCCCCACUCUGCCCCUCCAUGGGGAAGCACCUGAUUCCUGAGACUUCGGGGAAAGGCAUGAGUUAUGUUUCUUCAGAGGAGAGAGCCACUGGGCUUCCCAACCACGGAGCCACCUUUAAGGAAUUACACCCACAGACAGAAGGGAUGUGUCCGCGGAUGACAGUGCCUGCUCUGCACACAGCCAUUAAUGCUGAACCCCUGUUUGGCACUUUGAGAGACGGAUGUCAUCGACUCCCCAAGAUUAAGGAAACCACAGCUUUGACAGAGCCUGGGAAGGAGAGACGAGGAGGCAUGCCUUCAGCUUGGUCUCAACAUCCUGAAGCUGAUCCCAUCCUGCUACCAUCAAACAUUCACUCAGAAUCAAAGGUGCCAAUUCCAAAUCAAGACCCUAAUGAUUUCUCCCAAGCAAACCAGGCAUACAGAGAGGCUGUGAGCUGGCGGCCACUGGAUCUGAACGGGGGAAGCCUCAGGACACCCCCCAGCCAGAGAGCUCUGAGACGUAGCAGCAGUAUCCUCUCCGGAUCUGUAGGUUUGGAGAUCUUCCGAGAGAGAACCAAGGGUGCAGUCAGCUUAAAGUGUCAAGGUAUCACAGAAGCACAGGAGGCCAGUUCAGAAAGGCAAGCAGAACUCCCCCUGGGGAAGAAGCUCACCAAAAGUUUUUCCCAAAGCUCGAUGCACUUUAGCUCUGAAGGGAGGGUUCACAAAAGGUCCCCAGUGGCUCACAAAGACUCAAAGCUGUAUAGGACAUUACCCUUGCGGAAGCUAGAAGGCAGCAAUUGGAGAUGCCGGGGCCCUUUCAGCUACUGCUUCCUGAGCCGAGGGCAGGAUGAAGACGGUGAUGACGAUGAAGAGGGGGGAGAGGCCACCCGCCGGGUCCCUUGCCUCUAUCGACCACAGAUGACUCAAGCCAUGCCAGAACCACCCAGCCCACUCCUGGCUGUUGGGAUUCAGAAGCAAGGAGGGGAGCUGUCCAGAGGUUUAGUGCUGAAGGUCUGGGCAGAAGAUCUGAGUGGCCCAGAUGACAUAGACUUCAGCAACCUGGCUUUUGAUGCCCGGAUUGCAAGAAUAAAUGCCCUAAAGGAGAGCACAUAUGCAAUGCCCGAUGGGUUCCUCGCAGCCCAAAAUGAUGCCAAUGAGCUGCUCUGCCUUGUCAGGGCAACCAAGGAGAAGAGAGAGGAGUCACGCCCUGAAGCGUAUGACCUUACACUUUCUCAGUACAAGCAACUGUUAUCCAUUGAGUCCAGACAGUUGGGAAGUGCCUGUAGGAAAAUGGCGAUGGCGGAGAAAAGCCCAGAGGAGAUGCUCCUAGCUAUGACUUCCAGCUUUCAAGUGCUCUGUUGCCUAACAGAAGCUUGCAUGCGAUUAGUUAAAGUCGUGAACUCAGAAACACAGCGGCAGGAAAUUGUAGCAAAGAUUGAUGAAGUGGUCAUAAACUAUAUUUGUCUCCUGAAAGCUGCAGAGGCAGCCACUGGAAAGACCACUGGGGAUCCUAAUGUUGGACUCUCGACGCGACAUUCAACCACCAUGGCCGCUCUCGUAAGCACACUAACCCGUUCUCUCAAGAUGCUUUUAAAUAAAUAAAGUAUGAAAGUCACAUCAUAGUCUACCUUUGCAAAGCCAUACAUGAACUUUUAUUUACUUUAUGUGUACGAUGACCAGAUGUCUCCUUUCUUCUCUCUGUAUAUUUUGUUAUUUUAUAUAAAAUAGGAGAUAAAAGUCACACUGAUGAAAUGUUGAAAUGUACUUAUUGGAUGUAUUCUGUUUAUAUUAUACAUAUAUAUACAUGUAAAAGAAAUAUACAAGAAAGUGAUGACAUUUGGCUAUUUUUCUUAUAGUUAAAACUCCAGGUAUAUGAUGUGAAAUUUUAAAUUCUACCAUGUUAGAACAAAACAAUGAAACCUAUCCCCUUUCCCUCCAAGCAGAUACUUGGAGACCAUGUCAUUCGUAUUUAGAAGUAAAAAAAAGAAAGAAAGAAAGAAGGAAGGAAAUCACAAUGUAUAUAAAA